AUGGCGCCGAAUUCGUUUUCUACGGCCUUGUCGCCGUUGUCCAUCUUGGCCUCGUCAACACCAUCGUCAAAGGCUCUUCUCGCUGCCGCCUACCUCUUCACAUCGCUCCCCAUGGCUCUCGGUCACGAACACGGCGUCAGCCACAUCCAGGAGGGCGAGACCGUCUCUCAGGAGCCAAUCGACACGACACUAUGGAUUCACAUCUUCAUCAUGAUGCUGGCCUUCGGCGUCAUCUUUCCCGUUGGCAUGGUCCUGGGAAUGACGAAAAACCGCUGGCACGUUCCUACCCAAGUCCUCGGUACUGCGCUUGCGAUCCUCGGUUACUUCCUCGGCCACAUGCACCGCGGUAGACAAUUUGUCCCGAGCAACGUUCACUCCGGCUUCGCGGGCUGGUUGAUGCUGAUGCUGGCUGUUCAGGUUGGUGUGGGAAUCUACCUGAGGCUGCAUCUCGAGAAGGGAAUCAAUGGAAAGAUUCGGAGAUUCAUCAAGCCUAUUCACAGCGUCCUCGGAAAGGCGUUCCCCGUCUUGGGUUGGACACAAUUCCUGUUUGGAGGAAUCACUUCUCUUGGGUUCUGCCAGGGCGACCACCUCGGCCAGUGUCUUGCCCACUUCAUCAUGGGCAGUGCUUUCAUCGCCUACGGCAUCAUCUUGACGUUGCUACUUGUUGUUGGUCAGCUGUGGCUCCGACGAUCCGGACGAUCCCAGGAAUUCUUCGACAGCAUUGUCAUUGCGGCGUGGGGCUGCGUGAACACCUUCACCGAGCAUCGCUGGGGUACCGAGUGGGUCAGGAACGACUGGCAGCACACGACCAUGGGCAUCAUUUGGUGGUGCGCCGGCCUGGCUGGUGUCUGGCUUAGCCGCGACCGCGACGGAAACCCCCAGCGAAACUUCAUUCCCGGUUUCGUCAUCUUCAUCACCGGCUGGGCCAUGUCCGCGCAUCCCCAGGAGCUGCCCAUCAGCGCCAUGACCCACGCAAUGUUUGGCAAGACCUUGAUGGCAGCCGGCAUUACUCGCAUCAUCGAGGUGGCUUUCGUGGUCAAGGACGCAAGUGGAAUGUCGCCCGAUGGACGCAAGACCAACAGUUUCCAGUACAUUCCCGUAUUUCUUCUGUACGCUUCUGGUUUUCUUUUCAUGGGUGCCACGGAAGAGCAAAUGCAACUCGUCGCCAACUCCGGCCUCGAUCACGUCUCGUACAUCCUCAUCCUUUACUCGUUCGCCUUCCUGGUGUUCCUCUUCACCAACAUGCUCAUCCACCUCUUCGACCGUAACGCGAACGUCGACGAAAAGGUCAACCUGGCCAACGGGGAGCCGGUGGCGAAUGGCCGCGCUGGUGAGCCACGUCAAGUGCGCGACGCUGAGGAGUUUGAGCUGGAAGGCUUGAUGAGCGAUGACGAGGACGACGCCCGGAAAGGUCUUCGUGACGACACGGAUGACGACCAAGGUCUGGGCAGCCCCAGCACGGUGGGCAAGAACAGUGAUCGGGUGGCGCGGUGA